AUGCCGUUUUGGACAACGAAAAAAAAAACAAGCGCAGAUGAAUUUUUGUUUCCUUCUGAUGAUGAUGACAACCAUGAUUAUGUGCCAAGUGAAGAGGUUGAAUCGUCUGUCAACACGUCUAUGCAUGAUAUGUCAUCUGGUCGACAAACACAUGAUGCAGCAUGGUACAAUGAUUAUACAGCAUACGGGAAUGCUUUUCAAACUGCGAGUUCAUCCAUUGCGGUUGGAAUGGUGUUCGACAGCUACCGACAGUUAAAGAAUAUGGUUACACAACAUAAUCUUGACCAACAUACACAAUUCAAAACAGCGGCCAAGAAGAGCAAAUAUUGGAAGGCUACCUGUUUAUAUCUCGAACAAUGUGCGUGGAUGAUUAGUGUUGUGCAUAUUCUAAAUGCCGAAGGUUGGAUAGUAAAAAAGUUUCAUAAUAUCCACGGAUGCUGUGUGGAUUAUACGCAGGGCGGAGACGACUACAACCUUACCAGUAAAGUGAUUUCGGAACUAAUUUUGCAAAAAAUUGUAGAGGAUCUACGAUACAAAAUUAAAUACGUCAUCGAAGAUGUUAAGGCAAAAUGGGGUGUUUGUGUUGAUUACAAGAAAGCUUGGUACGCAAAGGUCAUCGUGUUGGAGACGCUGUAUGGUAAGUGGGAUGAGUCCUACAACAUAUUGCCACAAACGUUAAUGGCCAUACAGCAAACAAACCCAGAAACUGUUGUUGAUAUUGUCAGCACGCCAACGACUAUCCCGAAUGAGUUCUGGUUUAAGUAUGUUUUUUGGGCAUUCAAACCCGCUAUAGAAGGGUUUAAAUACUACUUACCCGUACUUACGGUUGAUGGUACGCAUUUGUACAGAAAGUACAAAGGUUACCUUCUAUUAGCAUUAUCUAUAAAUGCUAACAAAGAAAUACAUCCAGUUGCAUACUCAAUUAUUGACGUUGAAACGGGAGAUAGUUGGAGUUGGUUCUUGACAUUGGUGGCACAACAUGUGUUUGGGGAUCUUAAACACAUAUGUAUCAUCUCCGAUCGGCACGGUGGUAUCGACGUCGCAUUUUGCGAAUUACCAGAACUGGCUGAGCCGCGAGUCCAGCAUCGGUACUGCCGCCGACAUCUGUGGUCAAAUUUGAUGACCAAGUUUAAGAACAAAGAAUUAAAAAAAUUGUUUUGGCAAGCCGGUUGUGCUAUGGAUGUAAGGGGGUUUGAGGCUGUAAUGAGUUUAAUUUGCGCAAAUGAUGAAGAGACAUAUAAUUACUUGAUGGAAAUCCCAGCACGGUUUUGGUCCCUAAGUCACGAUGGGGGCUUUAGACAUGGAUUGAUGACGACCAACAGCUCGGAAUCUUUCAACAACAGUUUAAAGCGUUAUCGUCUUUUGCUUGUGUCGGCGAUAGUAAAGCUAACGAACGAAAAAUCUGCAUUGAUGUUUGUUGAGAGGCGUACAUCUGGAUUGGUAAUGCAACAAGGUGGGUUGCAAUGGCCACGUAAUAUUUUCGAUGAGAUGUUGAAAAGGGAAGGCCACAAGUACCGCGCCAUUAUUAAACACCAUGACGAUCUUGACGGCAUUUAUUUGGUUGCGAUUGAAGGUGAUUUAAAUAGGCACGGAAAGUGA